AGACAGCGUACGCCAUUUUGUCCAGUGCGACAAAGUGAAAGGGGUGGUAGAAUCGAGUCUUGGCGGGAAAGCGAGCGAUAUACCGGUAGAGCUAGGUGGCUGAGGGACGAAGCGAAGGAGACGGUGGAGGUGAUAAAAAGUGUAGCAGUCACUAAGAAGAGUUCUUUACGCUCCUGGCCCGGAAGCCGAGAUGCACCGUGACUCGUGUCCGCUGGACUGCAAGGUUUAUGUAGGCAACCUUGGGAACAAUGGCAACAAAACUGAAUUGGAACGAGCAUUUGGAUACUAUGGACCACUACGUAGUGUGUGGGUUGCUAGGAAUCCCCCUGGUUUUGCUUUCGUUGAAUUUGAAGACCCACGUGAUGCUGCUGAUGCAGUCAGAGAACUAGAUGGGAGAACACUCUGUGGGUGUCGUGUCAGGGUGGAACUAUCCAAUGGUGAAAAACGUAGCCGGAACCGUGGUCCACCUCCCUCAUGGGGUAGACGUCCUCGAGAUGACUAUCGCAGGAGAAGUCCUCCGCCUCGCCGCAGAUCUCCUCGAAGGAGAAGCUUCUCCCGCAGCCGCAGCAGGUCCCUUUCUAGAGAUAGAAGGCGAGAGAGAUCACUGUCAAGGGAGAGAAAUCAUAAGCCUUCCCGUUCAUUUUCCAGAUCUCGUAGCCGCUCCAGGUCAAAUGACAGGAAAUAGAAUUUCAGGAAGAGCAAUGUACAGGAAGUCAUAUUGGAUCUGAAGAAAGGAGUAUGUACAGAACAUUGUUUUCUUUAAGACUUCAUAAGCUUGGUGCAUUUUUAAAAUGUUUUAGCUGUCGAAUUGUUUUUCUUGUCUUUUGUAACAGGUGACAAAUGUUAACAGUUGUGAAUCGGUAUAUGGUUCUGAGCAGGUUAUAUGAAGUGUAAUAACUUGUUGCUUUACAGUGUACCCUUAAGCAUAACUUUGAUUUGCAUUUAUUUAGCUGUAAAUUACGUUGCAUAGACUUACCAAAUAAAACCUCAAAAGCCAUGCAGUGGCAAAUGUUCUUAGUCUAAAUGUUGUGUUCUGGAAUCUUUGCAGGAUCUAAACUUGAAAGGAAGUACACAAUACAUACGAACUAUUAAUCAUGGACAUUUGCUACAGUCACAGAUGGGCAAUCUAUGCAGGGUGAGACUUGAAGGCUUAUAAUUUAUCAGAAUAAUGCAGAGGAUAAAUGUGAGCAUAAGGAUUGUGAAAGCCUUGAUGCUAGUUUAAAAAAACCAACACCUUGCCUUUCAAGUUCUGAUUUAUACCAGUUUAGUCAGAACUAUUUUCUACCAUGUAAAAGUGUAGAUUAAGUUUUGUAUCUUGGUGUAGAACAGUACUUAAUGCUGAAAUGUGAACUGCCUAAUCUGUUCAUUAUAGAGCAGACAAAUUAAGAACAGAUGACUCGCUUAUGUGAUUUGGGUGCAUAGGGGUACAUUGUAAAUGCACAAUUUCCUUAUUGUGCAUAAGCUGUCAUGUCACUGUAAAAUCUUGGAGAUCUUUCGAUUAAAGUUUUGGUUACAAAUCA